AGCACAUACACAGCACAUACACAAGCCGGGCGGAACAGACGACAGCAACGACAACACAACACAACACAACACAACAGAUCGGAUUCCACAAACUCAUCCAUGAUGGGCUCCCAACGGCCGGCGACGAGCAAUCGAUUGCUGCUUCUCUUCCCUGCCGUCUCUGUCACUACCCUUUCGAUCGCCGCAAUGGCGUAUCGCUGGUUUUGGCACAGGCGCAAAACCGAGGGCAACCCCCGCAGCCGCAGCCGCYACGACACCGAAACCGGAGACGACGGACCGGCCGCCCGCAUCCUCCGUCCCCCGCUCCGGCACUCGAGGCCUCCCAGGGGGGAGAAGCCCAGGGUCGUCUACCUCACCGGCAUCGACAAGCAGACAAGCGGGGAGGAGCUCCUGGACCUCUUCUCGUCGUGCGGCGCCGGACCCCCGCUCGAGGUCGACGCCUCGGAGCUCUCCUUCGCCAGGGGGGGCGGCCGCGCGUGGGCAAAGUACGGGAGCCAGGAGGCCGCUKCAAAAGCKKUGGCGGCCCUGCACGGGAGGGCCCUCCGCGGCUGCGUCCUGUGCGCGAGGCCCGAGUGGGGGGUCGAGGGGGACGGGAAGCGGAUCACCGACCCGGCCACCCACACCGCCAUCGUGCGGGGCAUCCGCCAGCGCCGGGGGACCCCCCGGAAGAAGGACCCCCUUCCGCUGGCCCCCGGCGGUGGCCGCCGCGGAGGCAAGAAGAAGCGCGGAAACGGAUCGGAGGGGCGGGGAAACGGGGGAGGACCGGCCGUSACGUAUGCGCACAACGCGAUUUUUCUCCGGGAGAUGGAAUACCCGUUUCCCUCGGGCGUGUACGCGACGAAACUCAUCCAGAGAUUGUCGGCACUGAUAGAAAAGGGUCCCACGCCUUUCGAGGAAGAGAACAGCAGCAGCAGCAGCAGCAGGCACCGGCGAGAGCAAGAUGCAAAGUUGYUGCGCAUGCUCUCAGAUGUUUCGAUCCUGGGAUGUGGAUCGGCUCACCGUUACGCAAAAGAAAUAUCCGAGGCCUUUGGUAUGGUGGAUGCACUCGAACGGGGAAUAAAGCUCGCCUUUCGAUGCAACUCGUCCGAUCUAGACAUGCGCAUCGUUUGCUACUGUCUGGGGGACGGAAAACUSCCGGUCGGAGCCGCGGCCCUCGAGCUCUUUCUGAAGAAAAACGACGAGAGCGAUUGGAAAUUCAUUGCCAUCGACCCCCUUCUUCCAAAACAAGACAGCCCACCGGCAGAGACGCCAACAAGCACCGCGGUUGGGGUCGCAAAGACGAACGAGACGACCUCGUAUCACGACAGGAUCGAACUUUUCAGUGGUUGUUCGCAGGACUAUUCGAUCGAAGAGACAACCAAGCAACCGCCUCCUCGGAACGGAGAUGGAAUUGGUGUUGGUGGCGAGAGCACCUCCGAGAUCCCCAGGUUGCUUUCGAUAGCCAUAGCCUGCCAUUCGCACGCCCCCCUCGAGGAAUUCUGGGAACGAAUGCCGACCCCGAAAUUGUGCGUCGCAAUGCCGUGCUGUGCCCAAUUUUCGGAACUGCCCAAGGAAACCCCCAUACUCGAAUACGACAACUACGAGGUAUACUCACCAAAACGAAGAAUCAAGAUUUUUGCGUCGCUGUAAGCUGGUCAAGGCCCACGCUCCACGAGCCCCCAUUCGUGCAAUGCACACAG